UCUGCGACUUCAAAAGUUUGAAACAAGGGAAAGAGAGCAAACCACCAGCAAGAGAAGACACACUCUGAACACAAAUGUACCCGGGAUUUGGCAAGGCGUCAGGACCAACAGGACCGCCGGGAUCGCAGCCACUUUUCGGAAACCUUGGCGGCGGUCGGCCGCCUUCGCCUUCUCCCCCGACCACCCCUCCUUUUUCCGGCGCUGCUCCGCUGCGUUCUCCGUCCAGGGGGCCUGAAGCUCCAGGGCAGCUGUAUUCUCCUCCCUUAGGCUUUGAAAGAGUUCGUCCUGCUGCGAGUCAACCUUACCCAUCUGCGGGAGUCUAUAGGCGGCCUGAAUCUUCAGGGCAGCUGCAUUCACCUCCUUUGGCUUUUGAAGCGCUCGUCCUGCUGCAAGUCAUCCUCACCCAUCUACAGGAGAUCAUAGACCCUUAUGUUCAGCAAUAGCAACGUGAUUCUGUGCUUUACAUUUUCAUGUAUGCAUUUAUUCGCAUGUCCACAGAGUCUCAUCCUACUUGGGAUCAUGGGCAGAGAUCCUCCUUUAAGAAUUAUGAUACCCAAGCUCAUCAAAGGCCAUCUGCUGUCACAUCAUUUGUUGUUUCUCGUAAUUCUGGAACUAGUGUUACUGCCAAGGUGUCCAGAUUCCAAGACACUAAAGGGAUCAGGUCGCCUCUCUUUCUGUCUAAAGAUGUCAAUUUUAGAAAUUCCACUCAAGGUGCCCCUAGAAGUCACUUAGUUGCUCCGAGAAUACGAUCUCCUCCCUUGGUCUCUUAUGAGGAUUUGCAUCCUUCUGUUGGAGUUGAAGGGCAUGCAUUUCCCUCUUCUGAAAUGGAUAGUCGUCAGAAGUUACUUGAUCAUGCUGAAUUGCGGUUUCCUCAAGAACCUUCUCUAGUAUCACCUUUUGAUGGGUCUUAUGCUACUGGUAGAAAUUUUCCUCUGAAACAUGACAAUGGUCAGGCCUCGAAAAGAACAAGGCCUUCUGUAUCUUCUGUUGGGUUCAAUACUAGAUCAAAUACCAGUUUUAGUACUCCUGAUUCUCGGGUACAUCAAAAGUCUUUGCCAUCUGCAAGCAAUACUAUUUCUGAAGCUGCUGCAGGAAAUGUGACCAGCAUCCCUGUGGCCAAAAGGACAAGGUCACCACCUUUACUUCCAGAGGAUCAAGUGUUUCAUGGAAACUCUCAUGCCACUCAAGAUGGUACCGAACGGAAAAAUUUAAGAGAAAUGCAAGCCAAAGCUAAGAGGUUAGCCCGGUUCAAGGUUGAAUUAAGUAAAACUCCACAAAACAAUCCUGAUAAUGUAGAGCCAGGGGUUACUGCAAAUAGACAUGAGCAAUUUGAGAGGAACAAAUUAGCUGCGUAUAAAUCUACCGAACUGGCUAUGGAUGGUAAUGAUGGCAAUGCUUUACCUGAGGAUGAAGGCGUGGAGUCGUCUGGUAUCAUUAUUGGGUCGUGCCCGGAUAUGUGUCCAGAGUCAGAAAGGGCAGAACGAGAAAGGAAAGGGGAUCUUGAUAUAUAUGAGCGCUUGGAUGGGGAUAGAAAUCAAACCAGCAUGUCCCUUGCUGUUAAAAAGUAUAACAGAACAGCUGAGCGAGAUGCAAACCUGAUAAGACCAAUGCCAAUCCUGCAGAAGACAAUUGAUUAUUUGUUCAAUUUGCUUGAUCAGCCUUACAAUGAUAGGUUUCUUAGAAUUUACAACUUCCUGUGGGAUCGGAUGCGAGCAAUUCGAAUGGACUUGAGAAUGCAGCACAUUUUUAACCAAGAAGCUAUUACUAUGCUGGAGCAAAUGAUAAGACUUCACAUAAUUGUCAUGCAUGAAUUAUGUGAAUACUCAAGAGGAGAAGGCUUUGCUGAGGGAUUUGAUGCACACCUCAAUAUUGAACAGAUGAAUAAAACAUCUGUUGAAUUGUUCCAAUUGUAUGAUGAUCACAGAAAGAAAGGAAUAAACAUUCCUAGAAAAGAGUUUCGAGGUUAUUAUGCCCUUCUCAAGCUGGACAAGCAUCCUGGGUACAUGGUUGAACCUGCAGAGCUCUCGCUUGAUCUUGCAAAGAUGACUCCAGAAAUAAGACAAACUUCAGAGGUGCUAUUUGCACGUGAUGUCGCUAGAGCUUGCAGAACUGGUAAUUUUAUUGCUUUUUUUCGACUUGCAAGGGAAGCAAGUUACCUCCAAGCAUGCCUAAUGCAUGCUCACUUCUCAAAGUUACGAACCCAGGCACUUGCUUCUAUACACGCAGGUCUCCAGAAUAACCAAGGUCUCCCUAUUGCGGAUGCUGCCAAGUGGCUGGCAAUGGAGGAAGAUGAAAUUGAAAGCCUUUCAGAGUAUCAUGGGUUUGUAAUAAAGUCAUUCCAGGAGCCAUAUAUUGUGAAGGAAGGUCCAUUUCUCAAUGGUGAUGAGGAUUAUCCUACCAAGUGUGCUAAACUUGUUGAUAUGAAAAAGUCAAGAAGGAUAGUAGAGGAUGUUUUGGCUUCUAGUCAAGUCAUACCCUUGUCUUCUAAAGCAACAAAAAAGACUCAGUUGACUAAGUCAAAUAAGCCUGAACCAAAAGUUAUUUCAUAUGUUGAAAAGAAAAAUCCUGUUCGUCGUGCCCCAGCCAUUGAAGUUACAAAACCUGUCCAUGAAGUUGAUGAAGAAAUGCCUAAUUUUGAAGCUUUUUCACCCCCAAAAGAUGCCAGACAAGCAGCAAUGAUUCAAACACCAAUUUUUGGUCAAUACAGUAAAGAUUCCCCUAAGGUGGCUGCUGUGUCUCCUUCCCUGUGGGAUAAAGUUGGUACCAUUGAGAAGCGAAACUAUGAUGCUCCUUUUAGUAACUCUCCAGAGACAAGCAUGCAUUCUGGCAUGGAACGAAUGCCACUGCAAAUUGAGUCAAAAACAUAUGUACAAGAGAGAUCUGUUGGUAUAUAUAGUUCCGGGAAGGAAUACCCAGAUAUCCAAAUUAUGGUAACUGAUAAGUUGGAAGACGAGGAACCUCCAGAUCUUCAUCAGAAAGAUGAAAACAAUGAUGUUAUGGAGAGUUCUCAACAGGAAGAAAUUGCGGAGGCAAAACUUAAGUUGAUACUGAGAUUAUGGACGUGGCGUGCUCGGAAGCUAAGAGAAUUGCGAGAGAAAAAACAGUUGGCAGCAAUUGCUGCAUUGAACUCUUUAUCAUUGGGGCCACCAAUUCAACUCAAGACAGAUCAACCAAGCACUUCUGGCGAGUUUGACAUUGAUCUCGUCUUGAGGGAGAGAUAUAAAAACCAUGGUCAGUCAUGGUCAAGACUUAAUGUUUCAGAUGUAAUAGCGGAUAUACUGGGCACAAGAAAUCCGGAUGCUAGAUGCCUCUGUUGGAAAACUGUUUUAUGUUCUCAGAUGAACAAUCUAGAAGGUGAUGACCUAGGGCAGAGGAGCCAUGUCUUGGGAGCAGCCCCCUGGUUGCUUUCAAAGCUCAUGCCUUCAGCAAAUGAUGUGGACAAUGAUGAUGAGGAUCUUGUAGUUUCAUCUCCUGGUGUCUCUGUAUGGAAGAAAUGGGUUCGUGGCCAAUCUGGUUCAGAUCUGAAUUGCUAUUUGUCUGUGGUCAGGGAUGCAAGUUUUGAUAACCUAUGUCAGAGUGUAUCUGGUGCAAGUGCUGUUUUGUUCCUUACAUCUGACAGCAUCCCUUGGAAUUUGCAAAAAGUCCGUCUUCAUAACCUUCUGAUGUCGAUACCUUAUGGUUCCUGCUUGCCCCUUCUGAUCUUAAGUGGCUCUUACAAGAACAAUGUUAAUGACUCCACUAUUGUUGAUAAUUUGGGUCUCCAUGACUUGGAUAAGUCACGAAUAAGCAGCUUUCUGGUUGUUCCGCUUGUUGAAAGCCAGCAAAUGGGACGAUUGGAUGGUUUUUUCAGUGACAACCGACUUAGGGAGGGGCUCCGGUGGCUUGCAAGUGAAUCGCCCCUUCAACCCAUUCUUCAUCAUGUGAAAACACGCGAACUCGUUCUUACCCACUUGAAUUCUUCACUGGAGCCACUAGGCAGAAUGAAAGAUUAUGAAGCAGGUCCAGACAACUGUAUCCUUGCCUUCAAUGAAGCAUUGGAUUGGUCACAGAAGGAAAUUGCUGCUGCUGUCAAAUCAAAUCCAUCCAGUUGGCCUUGCCCUGAGAUUGCUUUGCUGGAGGAGUUCAGUGAUGAGUACAGGGUUGUGAAAUGGUGCUUGCCAAGCGUAGGAUGGAGCUCAGCGGAAAAAGUUGAACCGCUAAUGUCAGCACUAGGGGAUUGUAGGCUUCUAGCUUUUCCCGACCAUAUUUCGUGGCUACCCCAAUGUUGUAAUGCAGGAAAGGAGAUUGAGAACCUGAGAGGUGAACUUGAAAAUGGCUUGAUCGAGUACCUGACGAAUUCAAGUAAGAUGAUGGGACUUGCACUUGCUAUAAAAGAGGCACCUGUAAUGCUACAAAGAAGCUGUCGGCUGGAGCGCCAUGACUCGUGCUGCUAUAUAGUCCCGAAUUGGGUUAUGAUCUUCAGACGAAUUUUCAACUGGCGGUUAAUGGGUUUAGCCAAUGGGGCCUUUUUGUCAGCUUAUGUAUUGGAGAGUCCUCAUCUUAACGCAGUUUUUGAAAAUCUGGGUAAGUUGGGGCUUGAAGAUACCGGACCUUCGCCCUGUUACCUUAAUCAGCUGUCUCUGGAUGAAAUCCUCGAAGUUGGGCGCGCCCCUCUUUCAUCCCAUAGAGGUCAGCCCUUGGUAGAAUCUGGUGUAGCUGUUCCUGAAACAUCUCCUAAUGGUGAAAUCCACGAGACCCCGAAUAGAACGGACUGGAUGGAGGAUGAACGAAGUUUAGCGCACAAUGGUCAAGCGGAAAUAGAAAACGUACCCCACGAAAAUGGGAGGUUGGAGAAUGCUGGCAGAGAAAUGGUGGUGACUGGAGAAGUGGGCAAGGGGGCUGAAAAAUUAAGCAUAUUGUUAGAACAGUGUAACAUGUUACAGAAUGUGAUAGACGAGAAGCUGUCCAUUUUUUUCUAACUUCUAACGAUUUUUUGUACGAAUUUUGUAUUACGUGUAAUAUUUGUUGUAACAAUAUUGUAUUUACCUGACGAGAUAUACCAAGUUGGGGAUGCUUUACUCCGAA